AUGGUUUUCUUUUUUUAUUUCUUUCUUUUUCUUUUAUCAACUUCUUUUUUUUUGCUUAUGGUACUCUUUUUUGGAUUCUUUCUUUUCUUCUCUUUUUAUCAACUGUCUUCAUCUUUUUUUUUCUUUUGGUUUUCUCUUUUUUUUCUUCUUGCUUUCUUUUUCUUUUUUCUCAACUUUCUUUUCCUUUUUUGUUUAUCACUCUCUUUUUUCUUUCUUUUUUCUUUUUUUUUAACUUCUUUUUUUUUUUGCUCAUGUAUCUUUUUUUUUUUUUUUUUUUCACUUUUUUUAACUCUCUUUUCUUUUUUGCUUUCUUCUAUUUAUCUUUUCUUUCUUUUUUUUUUGCUUUUUCCUUUUCUUUCUUUUUUCCUCUUUUUUUCAAUCUUUUUUGUUUCUUUUAUAAUCUCUUUUUGGAUUCUUUUUUCUUCUCUUUUAUCAACUAUCUCUUCUCUUUUUGCUUAUGGUACUUUCUUUUUCUUUCUUUUUCUUUUUUAUCAACUCCUUCUUCUCUUUUUUUUUUUGGUUUGUUUUCUUUUUUAUUGUUUUUUUGCUUUCUUCUCUUUUUCUUCAACUGUUCUUUUCUUUUCUUUUUUUUGCUUAUGGUACUUUUUUUCUAUUUUGCUUUCUUUUUUUUUUCUUUAUCUUUCUUUUUCACUUUUUGCUUUUGGUUCUCUUUUUCCUUGUUUUCUUUCUUUUUCAACUUAUUUUCACUUUCUUUUUUUUCUUUCUUUGGUUUCUUCUUUCUUUUUUUUUCUUGUUUUUCUUUUUUUCUUUUAUUUCUUCUUCUUUUCUUUUCUUUUUUUUUUAUUCAUCAUCUUUCUUGAUUCUUUUUUGGUCUCUUUUUUCUUUCUUUCUCUUUAUUUUUUUAUCAUUUUUUGCUCUCUUUUUUUUCUUUCUUUUUUAUUUUAUUUUCUUUUCUUUCUUCACUUUUUGCUUAUGGUACUCUCUUUUCUUUCUUUCUUUUCUUCUUUUUUUAUCAACUUCUAUCUCUUCAUUUUUGCUUUUGGUACUCUUUUUUGGAUUUUUGCUUUUUUUUUUUCUUCCUCUUUAUCAGUUUUUCACUUUUUGCUUAUGGUACUCUCUCUUUUUUUCUUUUUUUCUUUCUUUUUUUUUUCUCUUUGUCUCUUUUUUUUUUUUCUUUCUUCUUCUUUUUUUUUGAUUCUUGUUUUCUUCUUUUUUAUCAACUCUUUUUUCACUUUUUUUGUAUUUACUCUUUUUUCUUUCUUGUUUCUUUUCUUUUAUCAACUGUCUCUAGGUUUUUUUUUCUUUUCUUUCUUUUUCUUUUGGAUUCUUUUCUUUCUUCUUUUCUUUAUCAACUGUCUCUUCUUUUUUUGCUUAUGGUAUUCUUUUUUCUUUCUUGUUUCUUCUCUUUUAUUUUGUUUCUUUCUUUUUUUUUUGCUUUUGGUUUUCUUUUGUAUUCUUCAUUCUUCUUUUUUUCUCUUUUUUUUUCUUCACUUUUUGCUUAUGGUCCUCUUGAUUUUUUUUUUUGUUUCUUUUUUUUUAUUUUGUCUCUUUGUAUUUUUUUCAUUAUGGUCUUUUUUUUCUUUUUAUUUUUUCCUUUUUUUUUUUUUCUCCUUCUUUCUUUUUUUUUGCUUGGUUUCUUUCUUUCUUUUCUUUUUGUAUUUUGUCUCUUUUUCUUUCUCUGUUUCUUCUUUUUUUUUUUUUCUUUAUUUUUUUGGUUUUUCUCUUUUGGAUUUCUUUUCUUUCUUCUCUUUUUCUUUUGUUCUUUCAUUUUUUUUGCUUCUUUUUUCUCUUUUUUUUCCUUUCUUGCUUUCUUCUUCUUUUGUCAUCUGUUUUUUUUUUUUUUUGUUUCAUCUUUCUAUCUUCUUUUGUUUUUUUUUUUCUUUUCUUUUUUUUUUCUUUUCUUUUUUCUUUUUUGCUUAUUCUUUUUUUCUUUUUUGGAUUCUUUCUUUUUUUUUUUUUUUAUUUUCUUUUCUUCUCUUUUUGCUUAUUUUAGUUUCUUUUAGAUUCUUCUCUUUUUCUUCUUUUUUAUCAACUGUCUCUUCUCUUUUUUUUCCCUUUUCUUUUUUUUCUUUCUUUUUUUUUUCUUUGGUUUUAUCAACUGUUUCUUCUCUUUUUGUUUCUGGUAAUUCUUUUGAUUCUUUUUUUUUCUUCUCUUUUUAUCAACUGUCUCUUCACUUUUUGCUUUCUUCUUCUUUUUUUUCUUCCUUUCUUUUCUUUUUAUCAACUGUCUUUCUUUUUUGCUUUUUCUCUUUUUUUUCUUUUUUUCUUUUCUUUUAUUUUUCUUCUUUUUUUUUCUUUUUCCUUUUUUCUUUUUCUUUUUUUUUUUUUUUUUCUCUUUUUCUUUUUUUCUUUCCAUUUUUUUUAUCAACUUUCUUUUUCAUUUUUUUUUUCUUUUUUUCUUUUGGAUUUUUGUUUUUUUUUUUUUUUUUUUUUUCUUCCUUUUUUUUUUCUUUUUUUUUUUCUUGCUUUCUUCUCUUUUUUUAUUUUUUUCUUUUCAUCUUUUUUUCUUUUCUUUUUUUUGUCUUUUUUUCUUUCACUUUUAUUUUCUUUGUCUCUUUUCUUUACUUUUUUUUUUUUUUUUCUUCUCUUUUAUUUUUUCUUUUCUUUUUUUUUCUUCAUUUUUUUUUCUUUUUUUUUUCUUUUUUUCUUCUUUUAUUUGCUUUUUUCUUUUUUUUCUUUUUUUUUCUUUUUUUCCUUUUCUUUUCUUUUUUUUUCUUUUCUUUUUUUGUUUUUUUUCUUUUUUUCUUUUCUUUUUAUUUUUUUGAUUUUUUUUGGUUUCUUUUCUUUCUUUCUUUUUUUCUUUUAUUUAUUUCUUCUUUCUUUUUGGUUUUUCCUUCCUUUUCUUUUCUUUUUUUCUUUUUCUUUGGUUUGCUUUUUCACUUUUUCUUUGGUUUCUUUUCUUUUUGUCAUUCUUUCUUUUUCUUUAUUUUUUCUUUUUCUUCUCUUUUUUUCUUAUUUUUUUUUUUGAUUCUUUUCUUCUUCUUUUUUUUUUUGUUUUUCACUCUUUUUUUCUUUUUUUCUUUUUUUCUUUUUUUCUUUCUUUUUUUUCCUUUUUUUUUUUUUUUUUUUCUUUUUUCUUUUUCUUUUUUUUCUUUUUUUUUUUUCAACUUUUUUCUCUUUUUUUCUUUUUGUUCUUUUUCUUUUCUUUUUAUUUGA